AUGCGCGCGACCGCCGCCUUCCUCGCGCUCCUCGCGGCGCUGAGCGUCCUAACGCGCGUCGACGCCGCCGCGGACGUCGCCGUCCUCGAGCUCGUCGGCGCGUCGUUCGCCGCCGCGGACGCCGCGGACGCCGACGCGCGCGGGACGACGCGCGUCGUGCGCUGCGUCGCGCGGCAAAACGCGUCGUCGUCGGAGCUUCGAGUCGUCGCGCUCGCGGCGACGCUCCCGCCGAAUCGCGCGCCGGUCGCGGGGACGCUCGUCCCCGCGGGCGACGGCGUCGUCCUCGGCGCGUGGCCGCGCGACGCGGACGCGCUCGAGUGCGUCCUGUUCGAGGUGGACGAGGCGGUCGCGACCGCGCGCGCGACCGCGGCGACCGCGCCGCUGCGCGAGGACGACUUCGAGGUGGCGACGACGACGACGAUGACGUUCGAGGACGCGUCCCCGCGCGUCGUCGUCGUCGUUCGAUGCGAGGCGUGCGCGGCGAGCGGAAGCGAACGGAAGCGUCGGGAACGGCGCGAGGUGAACGUCGCGGCGGCCGUGGGGGACGUGCGCGUCGUCGUCGUCGACGACGACGACGAGGAGGCGGCGGAAGCGGCGGCGGCGGCGGUAGGGGCGAGGGCGGAGGCUUCGACGUUCGCGUGGUGGAGGACCGCCUUCGUCGUCGCCGCCGUCGUCGCCGCCGUCGAAGCCGUCGCGCUUCUGUCGCUGAUCUUCCGCCGACGCGUCGGGGACCCGGCGGGCGGGCGUGGCAGGCGCGCGGUGAAGCGGAAGCACAGCGACUUCCCCACGAACGCGGAGGAGGUCGUCGCGGAGGACGCGGAGACGUCGGCGGUGGUGACCGACGACGGGUCGCGCGCGGCGACGAGAAGAACGUGCUGUUUCGUAGUCUGA